AUCCUAAGCACAGGAUGUCAGGAGAGGACGAGUUCUAUCUGUUUGAGAAUAUCUCCUCGGUGGGGCCCUGGGAUGGGCCUCAGUACCACAUUGCUCCUGUCUGGGCCUUCCGCCUCCAGGCAGCCUUCAUGGGAUUUGUCUUCUUUGCAGGGGUCCCACUCAACGCCACGGUGCUGGUGGCCACACUGCAUUACAAAAAGUUGCGGCAGCCCCUCAACUACAUUCUAGUCAAUAUAUCCCUCGGGGGCUUCCUCUUCUGCAGCUUCUCCGUCUUCACUGUCUUCAUCGCCAGCUGUCACGGAUACUUCCUCUUUGGCCGCCAUGUGUGUGCUCUGGAGGCCUUCUUGGGCUCUGUCGCAGGUCUAGUGACAGGAUGGUCGUUGGCUUUCCUGGCUUUUGAGCGCUAUAUUGUCAUCUGUAAGCCCUUUGGCAACGUCCGCUUCAACUCCAAGCACGCACUGAUAGUGGUCCUGGUCACGUGGGUCCUAGGUGUGGGCGUGUCCAUCCCACCCUUCUUCGGCUGGAGCAGGUUCAUCCCGGAGGGCCUGCAGUGCUCCUGUGGCCCGGACUGGUAUACAGUAGGCACCAAGUAUCGAAGCGAGUCCUACACCUGGUUCCUCUUCCUGUUCUGCUUCAUCGUGCCUCUUUCCCUCAUCUGCUUCUCCUACUCGCAGUUGCUGAGGACUCUCAGAGCUGUGGCAGCUCAGCAGCAAGAGUCAGCUACGACCCAGAAGGCAGAACGGGAGGUGAGCCUCAUGGUGGUGGUGAUGGUGGCAUCUUUCUGUCUCUGCUACGUGCCCUAUGCUGCCCUGGCCAUGUACAUGGUCAACAAUCGCAACCACGGGCUGGACUUAAGGCUCGUCACCAUCCCUGCCUUCUUCUCCAAGAGCUCAUGUGUCUACAAUCCCAUUAUCUACUGCUACAUGAAUAAGCAGUUCCGGGCCUGCAUCCUGGAGAUGGUGUGCAGGAAGCCCAUGACAGAUGAAUCCAACAUAUCUGGCUCUCAGAAAACAGAAGUUUCUGCUGUCUCAUCUAGAAAAGUUGGCCCCCACUAAGGACCUUCAAUUGGCCCUGGCAGCAAGCAGAACGCCACAUU